CAGGGCCUAAAGGGACGGAGGGGGAGUGGGGUGAUCUCCGCGCUCGGCGCGCUCCGUCGGGAACCUUUUGACUAACUGAUAAAAUGGUGUCUGCUUACACGAUUUGAAAUAGGCACUGUAAAAACAAGCGAAUUCCUGAGGUCAAGUGACCUCGUGUAUUUACAUCGAUCCGUGCAACAGGCAAUUACGGAAAGCACGCUCAUUAGCUUUGCUGCUAAAACCGAUUUUAGAGUUGAACUGAUUGUGCCAAGAUGACUUCCGAGCUAAACCUUACAGACGAAGGUGAACUACAAGAGGAGGAGAAGCCUCGUUUGGUGAUCGGUGAUAAUGUUCCGCCAUCACUUCACCACGGCCACAAACUUGAUAUGAAAGACAGGGAUCCCAUCAAAAUGAACGACCAUGUCAAGGUUUUCUUUCAAGAUGUGUUCGCUGAGCCGGACGGUUCUCACAGUAUCGAUGGUGUGUGGCGAGCCAGCUUCAGUACUUUUGUAGCCACCAAGUACUGGUGCUACCGGAUCAUCACUGCCAUCUGCGGCGUACCUACAGCCAUCAUGUGUGGAAUCUACUUCGCUUGUCUCAGUUUUGACUACAUAUGGUGCAUCAUGCCUUGCCUGCGGGCCUAUAUCAUCGAGCUUCAGUGCCUUGGGCAGCUCUUCAGUCUGUGUGUUCGCACUUUCUUUGACCCGUUUUUCGAGUCUGUAGGGAAGAUAUUCAGUGGAAUGAAGUUGUCUCAUGAAAACAAACCUUUCACGGCGUGAUGGCAUUUCUUUUCAUGUCACGCUAUAUGAUCCAAGUGCAUACUGUAUAUGUAGUAAUCAGGAUGUAACUGCCCAUAGAUUCUAGAACUGAGCGGAAAAAAAAAAACACUUAAGCGGGACCUUUCUAAUCUAAUGUUCCUCAAAAUAUCAAUUCCCUCUGCAGAUUCCUUCGUUUUUCUUUUAUUCGGUUAGUUUUUAGAAUCAACAGGUACAUAGAGGCAAUGUAUUCCAGUUGUUAUCACCCCCCGACUUGUCCUAACCACAACACCUGUUUACCUGGAGCAAUUUCUAAACGAAAAUUUCGUUCUCCAUCGCCCUUGCAAGAAAGAGAAUUUAUGUGGUUCAUUGACUUGAUCUACGUUGUUUUAAUUUUAAGGAGAAGAAAAUAAAUUUAAGAUCAAAUAAAAGCGUAAUCAAGGGGUUGGACUUCAAAAUAUGGCUACGACCUCAAAUGCGUGGAAAUUGGGAAUGGAUAGUCAAAAAGAAAAUGGCUUGAUCGAUUACGAAUUUCUCCUAUCGAGAACAAUAAGAACUGUAAGAAAGCAAAUGAAGAGAAUUUACCCGUAAAAAAAACAAAACAAAACAAAACGAAGAAAUGGCAGGUAACGAAGUUUUUAGUAUUUUAAUUACAACUCUACCAUAUUAUGUUGAACCUGGCCUUAGCGGGUUACAUGUAAAAUUGAAAAUUCCGUCGCAAA